AUGUCGCAGCCUGUCAAGAGGUUUCCUGGCCAUCUGGCCCAGUUCGCGCGGUGCUACUCGGUCUCUGCUGAGAGCAUUCCCGUCGCGAAGAAGAAGUACAUCCCAACAGAGGGCACAUAUCCCCAAGGAUUCCAAGCUUCUGGCAUCUUGGUCGGAGUGAAGCCUGGAAACAAGACGAAGCCGGACCUGGCCCUUCUCAGCUCCGACCGUCCCUGCGCCGCCGCGGCCGUGUUCACCAAGAACAAGUUCCAGGCCGCGCCUGUCACCUUCAGCAGGGACCUGUUGAAGAAGAAGGCCAACAAGGGCAUCCGCAGCGUCCUCAUCAACUCGGGAUGCGCCAACGCUGUCACGGGUAAGGGUGGUCUGGAGGAUGCCUCUCUGAUGGCUCAUGCGGCGGACAAGGCCGUGGGCGGUGAUGGCGAUGCGUCAUCAACCAUCGUGAUGAGCACUGGAGUCAUUGGACAGAGAUUGCCCAUUUCGAAAAUCGUCAACAACGUGCCCGCCGCCCAGGGCGCUCUGGGCUCUUCUCACAAGCACUGGCUAAGCUUUGCCACCGCCAUCUGCACCACCGAUACCUUCCCUAAGCUCAUGUCCAAGACCUUCACUCUGCCGUCUUCACCAGGCGUUGAGUACCGCAUUGCCGGUACCACCAAGGGCGCUGGUAUGAUUCACCCCAACAUGGCUACGCUUCUCGGUGUCGUUGCCACGGACGCCCCUAUCUCGCCUGCCGUUAUGCCCUCGGUCCUCAAGCACGCCGUCGAUCGCUCCUUCAACAGCAUUACCAUCGACGGUGACACCUCCACGAACGACACUCUUGCUCUGCUCGCCAACGGUGCUGCCGGCGGCAAGGAGAUCGCUUCUCAGGACUCCCCCGACUACGCCGCUUUCAAGGAGGUCCUGACUGACUUCUCCAUCGACUUGGCCAAGCUGAUUGUCCGUGACGGCGAGGGCGCCACCAAGUUUGUCACCAUCCGCGUCGUCGAGUCUGCGAGCGAGGAGGCCGCCAGAAAGAUUGCCAGCACCAUUGCCAGAUCCCCUCUCGUCAAGACUGCGCUCUACGGCCGUGACGCCAACUGGGGCCGCAUUCUGUGCGCUACCGGCUACUCUCUGGUCUCGGAACCCGGCCAGGCCGUCAACGACGUUCCCGAGGUUGUCCCUGAGAAGACCAACGUUUCGUUUGUUCCCACCGACGGCACUGCUGAGCUGAAGCUCUUGAUCAACGGCGAGCCUGAGAUGGUCGAUGAGGCUCGGGCUUCUCAGAUUUUGGAGCUUGAGGACUUGGAGAUCCUGGUUAGACUGGGAACCGGCGACAAGGAAGCUACGUACUGGACCUGCGACUACAGCCAUGAGUACAUCACUAUUAAUGGUGACUACCGCACAUAG